CCUAGGGGCUCCUGAAAGAGGAAUUUAGACAGUUGACACCUGUGUUGACCUGGACCUGGAAUUCGUGAGCGCUUUCGUGUUGUACGGUUUGGGGAAAGUUAAACCGGGUGCAGCGGAAACCCGAUUGUCGUCACAGUAGUGCUUCUGGGAUUGCAGUUUUUCCCUAGUUGAUUAUUUUUUGCGCUACUACCCAAAUAAAACGUUUCGAAUUCCACGGAUCAGAUCAUAACUGGUGGUCGUGAGUGUCGUUUUGCUCGACUUUAGCCAGCCAGUGCUCUGUACAAUUGAAGAGAAGAAAAAAUAAAACCGAGAUAAAUUGUUCAGGGGUGCACUUUCAGUUUCGCUUUGCUGCGGCUCUGUUAUCGUUCGUAUUGUACGUAUUGCCUGGUAUCGAGUCAGUAAACCACUUACAACGAAUUGUUGGUGCAUAAAUGGAAGAAAAAAAUAAGCGGCUGCUGAAAGUUUCAUCUACCCAAUCAGCCUAACGCUGUAGUUCUGUUAUCUCAUACCAAGAGCGAACGAAAACAACAGAGAGAUCCACAACAACUGAACUGAUAUCCCCCAAGUUCAAAUCAAGAAGGGGAACACAGACCAAGUGCAGCCACUGAAACUCGGAACAGCCGUUCAGUUCAGAUUAUAGUUUUUUUUUUCCUUUCUGUGUUAUUGUGGUUUAGAUUUCGUUGAGCGAGGCUAAUAAAGUGCACAUUCGAUAAAAAAGUUCCGCCCACAGUAAUUCAAAUAAUUCGGUGCCAGUUUCCCGCAGAAGAAGUGCAAGAAGAAAACGAUAGUAUUUGCAACGGCCAAAGUGUUUUGUACUUGAACUAAUCGAGCGAUUUCUGAGGCCGAGAUCAAUCCCGACAGGAAAAGCGAAACCGGCAGUCAGUCAGUCAGUCACAGUUGGUUCCUUUGGAUUGUUACUUCUGAAGCAGUGAAUCGUUGUUGUUUGGGAUUAUAGUCGAGAAAGUUUGUUCCUGUGCUAAUUCAAUUGUGGACUAUCAAUCUUGGAAAGUGAGAAAAGGUCGUUCAUCCCGUUAACGGAAAUUUUGUUGGUGUUAUCGCGCGUCUCCCGGAUUCGAACUUGCAGAUUAUUGCAGAUCCAGCGUUCCCGAGCAUCAUGAGUCUUCGGCAAGCCAAAGGUGGGACAACAACAGGAGGAGGAGGAGGGUCUCAGAAAAAUACCACCGGAAGUAGUUCUACCCUCAGCAACUGCCUGCAGAUGAUUUGCAUUUCCCAGACUGUGAUAGUGGCCCUGGUGCUCGCACUUUUCCUGUCCCUGCCAGGCCAGAUUUCCAGCCUCGAGAAUGGCCUGGCCCGAACCCCGCCCAUGGGAUGGCUCUCCUGGGAACGGUUCCGGUGCAACACCGAUUGCGAGGGCGAUCCGGAGAAUUGCAUAAGCACAAGACGAAGAAGGAUGGAAAUAAAUACCGGCCAACACCAGGCAGCCAGCGAACCGAGCACUGUGCGUGUGAAUGUAGCAAAAGCAACAACAAAAACAUCCUUCUAAUUCAAUCCCUUCAAUUCAC